AUGAAUAUAGGCAAUGAUGAAGCUCUUGACCCUCCUCUUGAUGGAAAGCAAAUUGAAUGUGAGUUAGAUGUGGAUGAUAAUGAGAACAAUGAUGGGCCAGAUAAUAUCAUUUUUGGAAAUCAAAUUGUUGAAGAACCGAAGGCCGGUAUGAAGUUUGAUUCUGAAGAAGAUGUUGUAUCAUAUUAUAUGCAAUAUGCCAAGCAAGUAGGUUUUGGUGUGACAAGAAGAACCCGUAGCAUUGGAGAUGAUGGAAAUUUAAGAUACUUCACCAUUGCAUGUGUUCGUGAAGGCAAGUCAAAAAGCAAAUCAUCUAACAUUGUUAGGCCAAAACCAAUGGAAAAAAUGGGGUGCAAGGCGAAGAUCAAUGCAAAAUUAGAUUACGAUGGAAGGUUUACAUUGUCUACUAUCGUACUUGAACACACUCAUGCAGUAAGCCCAAGUAAGGCAAGAUAUUUUACAUGCCAUAAGAAGUUAGAUGCUCGUGUGAAAAGAAGGCUUGAAGUAAUGGAUAAAGCUGGAGUUCGUCCGAGUAAAAACUACAAAGUUCUUGCUAUUGAAGCGGGUGGGUAUGAGAAUCUUUCAUUUGGAGAGAAAGAUUGUAGAAAUUACAUUAACAAAGUAAAGAAUGAGUUGCUUGGAGAAGGAGACGCUGAAGCAUCUUAA